AUGGAUUCCAAGAGGAAAUACUCUUAUACGAAUCUCUUCAAUCUUGAGCCUUUGAUGAACUUUCAACUGCCGAAACAAGAUGAUGAUUUUGAUUAUUACGAAAAUAGUAGUCAGGAUGAGAGCAAAGGUAGCCAAGGUGGAGCAGUGGGAAAACACAGUAAUGGAAUAAUGUCAGAAACGGAAUUGAAGAAGAAGAAGCGGAUCCUUAAUAGUAGUGACGAGGAGGAGGCUAGAAGUUACAGUCCUCACAUUACAGAAGAGCGAUACAGAGCAAUGCUGGGAGAACAUAUUCAGAAGUACAAGAGGAGGUUGAAUAAUUCAUCGCAAAGUCCUGCAUCAAUACGUACAGGGACUUCAGUUACAAAAAGUAGUCUUGGCUCAAAAGAUCAGAAAUUGGCAAAUGAUCACCGAUCCACUUCGGAAUUUCUCAACAACGGCAAUCCUCAGAAGUUGGGGAAUUAUCAUGAGUCAGAGUUUGGACUUCAAUAUGGUUCUAUUAGACCAAAUUAUGAACCUGCCAUGUUGGAUAUUGGGGAUGGCAUCACUUAUAGGAUUCCUCCACCAUAUGAAAAACUUGCUUCGUCAUUGAGCUUGCCAAGCAUGUCAGACAUCAGGGUUGAGGAAUUUUACCUGAAGGGUACCCUUGAUUUGGGGUCAUUGGCAGCAAUGAUGGCUUCUGAUCGCAGGUUAGGACAAAGGAACAGGACGGGGAUCACUGAUUCCAAGCCUCAGUAUGAAUCUCUUCAGGAAAAAUUGAAAGCCCAGCCAGCUAACAACUCAGCAGAGAAGUUCAGCCUAAAAAUCAGUGAAGCUGCAUUACAGUCAAAUGGUAUUCCGGAGGGGGCAGCUGGACGGAUACAGCGGUCUAUCUCGUCGGAAGGUGGUGUCUUACAGGUUUAUUAUGUGAAGGUGUUGGAGAAAGGAGACACAUAUGAGAUAAUUGAACGCAGUUUACCCAAAAAGCCAAAGGUGAAGAAAGACCCUUCCGCCAUCGAGAGGGAGGAAUUGGAAAAGAUUGGUAAAUAUUGGGUGAACAUCGUAAGGAAAGACAUUCCAAAGCAUCACAGGGCUUUCACCAACUUCCACAAGAAGCAAUUAACUGAUGCGAAGAGGUUCUCGGAACUUUGUCAAAGAGAUGUGAAAGUGAAGGUCAGCAGAUCGCUCAAAUUGAUGAGGGGUGCUGCAAUUCGAACAAGGAAACUGGCUAGAGACAUGCUAGUAUUCUGGAAGAGAGUUGAUAAGGAGAUGGCGGAAGUAAGGAAAAGAGAGGAAAAGGAAGCCGCCGACGCUUUGAAGCGUGAACAGGAACUUCGUGAAGCGAAGAGGCAACAACAGAGACUCAAUUUUCUGCUGUCGCAAACUGAACUUUACAGUCAUUUCAUGCAGAACAAGACAACUAUACAAACCUCUGAAGCAUUAACUGCAGGUGAUGAAAAGUCUAGCCAAGAAAUGCUGCUGAGUUCUUCAGAAGCUCCGCCCGAAGAGGACGACGAUUUUGAAGAUGCUGAACUAAGAAAGGAAGCUUUAAAAGCAGCCCAGGAUGCAGUUUCAAAGCAGAAAAUGAUGACAAGUGCAUUUGAUAGUGAAUGCUCAAGGCUGCGGCAAGCUAUUGGACCUGAUCCCAGCCUUCAGGAUGUCUCAGUUGCAGAGUCCAGCAACAUUGAUUUACUACACCCAUCAACCAUGCCCGUAGCGUCAACCGUGCAGACACCUGAGUUAUUUAAGGGUUCCCUUAAAGAAUAUCAGCUGAAAGGCCUACAGUGGCUGGUAAAUUGUUAUGAACAGGGCUUAAAUGGUAUUCUUGCUGAUGAAAUGGGCCUAGGGAAGACAAUUCAAGCCAUGGCAUUCUUGGCUCAUUUGGCUGAAGAAAAAAACAUAUGGGGGCCUUUUUUGGUUGUUGCUCCUGCUUCUGUCUUGAACAACUGGGCUGAUGAAAUCAGUCGUUUCUGCCCAGAUCUGAAGACACUUCCAUAUUGGGGUGGUCUUCAAGAGCGUACAGUACUAAGGAAGAACAUCAACCCAAAGCGUCUGUAUAGGAGUAUUCGAUGGAAGACACUGCUCAGUUUCAAUUGUCGAAACCGCUUGCUUCUUACUGGUACUCCAGUUCAAAAUAACAUGGCUGAGCUAUGGGCACUCCUGCAUUUCAUUAUGCCGACCUUAUUUGAUAGCCAUGAACAAUUCAAUGAAUGGUUUUCAAAAGGAAUUGAAGGUCAUGCAGAGCAUGGUGGGACAUUGAAUGAGCACCAGCUUACUCGACUUCACGCCAUUCUGAAGCCGUUCAUGCUGCGACGGGUCAAAAAGGAUGUGAUCACUGAGCUGACUGGGAAAACUGAGAUCACUGUGCACUGUAAGUUGAGUUCUCGCCAACAAGCAUUUUAUCAAGCUAUAAAGAACAAGAUAUCCCUUGCGGAGUUGUUUGAUGGAAACCGUGGACAUCUUAAUGAGAAAAAAAUUCUGAACCUGAUGAACAUUGUCAUCCAGCUGAGGAAGGUUUGCAAUCAUCCAGAGUUAUUUGAGAGAAAUGAAGGAAGCACAUAUUUUUAUUUUGGAGAAAUUCCAAAUUCUCUCCUCCCUCCUCCCUUUGGGGAAUUGGAAGAGAUACACUAUUCUGGUGGUAGAAAUCCUAUCACAUACAAGAUACCCAAAUUGGUCUACCAAGAAGUAGGCCAUGUUUCCAAGAUACAACACUCAGCAGCAGGGCAAGGUAUAAGAAGUGCAUCGUUCCAGAAGUAUUUUAACAUAUUCUCUCCAGAAAACGUUUAUCAUUCCAUAUUUCAGCAAGACUGCGUUUUGGAUGGUACUUUUGUACAAAGUGGAACUUUUGGAUUUUCUCGCUUGAUUGAUUUGUCACCGGGGGAAGUAUCAUUUUUGGCAACCAGUUCUGCAAUGGAAAGAUUACUGUUCUCAGUUACGAAAUUAGACAGACAAUUUCUAGAUGGAAUGUUGGACCUGUUGACGGAUAAUGUGGAUGAUGAUAUCCACUUGGCUCACAUUGGUAAGGAAAAAGUUAGAGCGGUCACACGAAUGUUGUUAUCACCAUCUAAAUCAGAGUCAAAAUUACAUACAGGGAGACCCGCAGGGGUUUUUGGGGGUUCUCCCUUUGAGGCUUUAGUAAUGCCACAUGACGAUAGGCUACUAUCAAAUGUCAACAUUUUGCAUUCAGUAUACUCUUUCAUUCCAAGAACUAGAGCACCUCCGAUAAAUGCCCACUGUUCAGAUAGAAACUUUGCAUACAAGAUAAUUGAAGAGUGGCAUCAUCCCUGGCUUAAGAGGGUGUUGAUUGGAUUUUCGCGAACAUCUGACUGUAAUGGCCCUAGGAAGCCACGGCCCCCCCACCAAUUAAUACAAGAGAUUGACUCUGAAUUGCCAGUUUCUCAACCUGCUCUUCAGCUUACAUAUAAGAUUUUCGGGUCUUGUCCACCCAUGCAGCCAUUUGACCCAGCAAAGAUGCUUACGGACUCCGGGAAGCUUCAAACACUUGAUAUACUGCUGAAACGUUUGCGUGCAGAAAAUCACCGUAUUCUUCUCUUUGCACAAAUGACAAAAAUGUUGAAUAUUCUAGAGGACUAUAUGAACUAUAGAAAAUAUAGGUAUUUAAGGCUUGACGGAUCGUCCACGAUAAUGGAUCGUCGAGACAUGGUUAGGGACUUCCAGCAUCGGAAUGAUAUCUUUGUGUUCUUGCUGAGUACAAGAGCUGGUGGUCUGGGUAUUAACUUGACAGCUGCUGACACCGUCAUAUUUUAUGAAAGUGAUUGGAAUCCAACUUUGGAUUUACAGGCAAUGGACAGAGCUCAUCGGCUGGGUCAAACUAAAGACGUUUCUGUCUAUCGCUUGAUUUGUAAAGAGACAGUCGAGGAAAAAAUCUUGCAGAGAGCUAGUCAAAAAAACACGGUGCAGCAGCUUGUCAUGACAGGUGGUCAUGUUCAGGGUGACCUCUUGGCUCCAGAGGAUGUCGUAUCUUUACUGAUUGACGACACUCAACUGGAGCAUAAACUAAAAGAAGUUUCACAGCAGGCCAAAGAUAGGCAAAAGAAGAAAGGAGGAACAAAGGGCAUACGGAUUGAUGCAGAAGGUGAUGCAUCUUUGGAGGAUCUUGCAAACCCUGAAUUGCAGGCUACUGAAUCCGAGCCUAAUGAUGCUGAUAAAGCAAAGUCCUACAGUAAAAAGAGGAAAACGGCAUCGGACAAGCAAACCCAACCUAAACCAAGGGCUCAGAAGAACUCCAAAAACAUUGACUCCUUGUCUCCUGACACAGUGCCAAUGGACCAUGAGAUGGAUGAUCUCUCUCAGAACACGCCACAACAAAGACCAAAGAGGUUGAAGAGGCCGACAAAGAGCGUGAAUGAGAACAUUGAACCUGCAUUUACGGUUACCUCUACCCCAGUUCAAGACAGGAGUCAUAACCUGCCUGGACCUGAGCUUGGUGGUGGGCUCAGAACAUGA